UUGUGGUUUUGUAAACCAGACAAAUUUCAGCGAUAAUGUCGCGUCAAUUAAGCUUCAGUCCACAGCAGGAAUAUGAGUUAAUUGAAUAUCCUGGCCGUGUAGUAAACACAGAUCGCAUGCUAUCCACGCUAGGCGGCAUAGUCAACAUAUCGAAAGUGCUGGGCGAUGAGAAGCGUCGUUUGGAGUUGCGCUUUCAUCCGGAUAAUCCGUACAAUAAGCCCACCUUUGGUGACUGCACCGACAAAUCGGGCGUUCUACUCUCGAUAACCGUGCGCCGCCACAAGCGCGACAAAUCGCGUCCUCCCCAGCAUUUUGUGCGUGUGCUGGGCCACUGCAGUCGCAGCUUCUCCUUCGAAUCACUCUGUGACUUUCAGUAUCUGCCGCUGUGGCAUACGCCCAAAAGUGAAGACGCCAGCGCCGCUUCAGAGCUAAGAUAUGCAUUGGAUCAGCUGCAGCCGCGUGAUGUGACCGACUUGGACUAUUUCAAACGCGCACAGUCGCAGCUGCUCUGUUUGCCGGAGCUGUUUGCGCGCGUUGACAUUGUCCAUGGUGGACACUAUCGCAUCGAUGGCGGUGAGGAUGGACAGCAGGAGGUGCUGGGCGUAUUGGCCAAGUCCAGCUAUGACAAUCACGAUGUCGUUUCGUUUAACAUGCAGGAUGUAUUUCCCACGCAGCCGGAUGCACAGAUCCUCAAGCGUCUCAAGGUCAAAUAUGUGUCGGAUGAGCAAUUUGCACGCGUCAAAAAACUGUUCGAUGAGAGUCCCAUCUGGACGCGUAUAGCAUUGCUCUACGAAUCUGGUGUGACCAAUGAGAAACUCAAAUGCAUAAUACCCUCGCUGGCGUUCUACUUCAGCAAUGGACCCUGGCGAACGCUCUAUGUACGCUAUGGCUACGAUCCGCGCAAGGAUUUCAAGAGUCGUCACUAUCAGACAUUUGACUUUCGUUUACGCUUCGGUUCGGGCGUCUCGGAGUUCGUCUACUCCCGCAAAUCGGCCAAGCAGAAGCGCUCCUCCACCGUCGCUGCCGAGGAGCUAAAAUGUGAUCUGGUGCAGAACAUUGAUUAUCCGUAUUUCGAUGAGCACAAGUUGCCGCGUUCCAGGCAGUGUAUGCUGCGCUAUUGCGAUGUCCGUUUGCCAAAGAUACAGGAAAUGCUGGAAAAGAUACCCACGCCACUAACGGGCGCCGUUUGCAAUGAACGCACCGGCUGGCUGCCACCCAGCUUCGAUGCGCAGGUGCGUCAAAUUGUGUGCGCCACAAUCAGCGAUCUGCUGCGCAAUCACUAUCGCAAGGAGCAUCUAACUGCCGAGGUGGAGGCGGUGCCACAAGCCGAUGGCGAACCGGAGCCCGAAGAUGAGGAGUACUUCGUCGACGAUGAGGAGACGCAUGAAGAGGACAUGGAACUGGACGAGACACCAGUCACCGAAAACUUUGUCGAUAAGAAUAUUGAACAGUUGCUCAACAAUAUCACAAGCUGAUAUGAAGCUAAGAGUGAUUGAAAAUGAGCUAAAUAUAUAUUUAUUUAAUUUGAUUUGAUUUAUAUAUAUAUAUUGAAAGAGGAAAUUCAGUUCAGAGAAGGAAAAUACAAAAAAUAAAAUA